AAUUUUAAUUUUUAUUUCAGCUUUGUGGAACAAAUUUUAUCCGGUCCUACCAAACAACAUUUGAUCCCCGGCUCGUAGAAGGCCACAAUAAGUAAAUAACAAUAAUAAUAUCACCUCCACCGUACAAGCGGACAAUGGCUUUUAACGUACGGUACAACGGAAGCUUACGGUGAAACCACCACCACAGGAUCUAACCACUUAAACACUCUCGGACAAACCAACCGACGCGCAUUUCCAGCCUGGCUCUUCCAACUUUUUUGUUUUUUUUUUUUAAUUUCUUUUAUUCUUUUAAAAAUAUGUAUUUUUGGCUUUUGCCUUCGGUAUCUCUCGCAUUCACUCAAUUCCCUGUCAAAAUUACGAUUUUACCCCCAACUUCGAAAUUCUCUUCCUCUAAGCAGGGAAAAAAAAGCAAACCUAAAACUUAUGCUCUCAGUUGCUCUUUUAUGCAAUUUCUCCAAAUUCCACCAUGUCAUCAAAACUCCACCGUCUCUGUCUUUUCCUCGCCGUCACCGGAACUGUAAUCUUCCCGGCGACCUCCUCCUCGUCCUCCGGCAACCUCCCUGAGUUCCGAGAAGCACCUGCAUUUCGAAACGGGAGGGAAUGUCCCAAAACGACAUGGUCUUCUUCCGUCGACAAGAACUCCCACAACCCUUCGAUCAUCCACAUCGCCAUGACCCUCGACACCACCUACCUCCGGGGCUCCAUUGCCGGCGUAUUUUCAGUCCUUCAACACGCCUCCUGCCCCGAGAACAUCGUCUUCCAUUUCAUUGCGACCCAGCGCCGGACGGAGCUCCGGCGAGUAAUCACCACCACUUUCCCUUACCUCAGCUUCCACCUAUACCACUUCGACGUCAACGUCGUCAAGGGCAAGAUCUCCUACUCCAUCCGCCGAGCUCUCGACCAGCCUCUCAACUACGCUAGGAUCUACCUCGCCGAUCUCCUCCCCACGGGCGUCCGUCGUAUCAUCUACUUCGACUCCGACCUGAUCGUCGUCGAUGACGUGGCGAAGCUCUGGAACAUCAAUUUGGGCAAGCACGUGCUCGGCGCGCCGGAGUAUUGCCACGCCAACUUCACGAACUACUUCACUCCUAGAUUCUGGUCAAACUCGGUCUUUGCAACGACGUUGUUUAAGGGACGCAAACCUUGCUAUUUCAACACCGGGGUCAUGGUGAUCGAUCUGGGGAAAUGGAGGGAAGGGAGAUACACUGAGAAGCUGGAGCAGUGGAUGAGGAUCCAGAAGAGGUAUAGAAUCUACGAAUUGGGCUCGUUGCCGCCGUUCUUGCUGGUUUUCGCCGGAAACGUCGAAGGCGUCGAGCACCGGUGGAACCAGCACGGACUCGGCGGCGACAAUCUCGAGGGACUUUGCCGGGAUCUUCAUCCAGGUCCGGUGAGUCUCCUCCAUUGGAGUGGAAAAGGGAAGCCAUGGCUUAGACUGGACUCGAGAAAGCCAUGUCCGUUGGAUAGUCUGUGGGCCCCUUAUGAUCUAUUUCGUCAUUCAUCGUUGUUCUCCGACAGCUGAGAGAGAGAGAAGUCUUAUCGUGAAUCAUGUAGAUGAUUGUUGAUCAGCUUUGCUUUUUUCUCGGAACGACGCCGUUUUUUUUUUUUUUAUUUUUUUUUUUUUUUUGGUCUAAUGGAAGAUGAAGAUUAACACAGUGAUUUCAUGGAAGCAUGAGAGAGAAUGUUGGGGUGGGACUUAACGUUUAACGAUUGCGUAAAGAGGAAGGGUAAUCUUUGUACAAAAGGUGAAAGAAUUAAUUAUGUUGGGAAAAAAACAAUGGAAAGGAAAUGUGACAUUUGAUGUUUUUGUCUGGUAAUGGGUAAUGACAGGGAAAUUACGGCUGUUAAAGGUUAAUUAACGGCUGCCAUGUGUUAAAUGGAAGAAGGAUGUUGAUAAAGAAAAAAAUUCAAAUUUUGAUGGUGUAUUUUUUUGUGUUUGUAUAAAUAUACAUAUGAUUGGUUUUAUUCUA